AUGCACGCGUCCGAGCGCCGGCACCUGCAGCAACAAGCACGCGAGAUGUUUUACCACGGCUACCGCAAUUACAUGGACCACGCGUACCCGUGGGACGAACUCAAGCCGCUGAGCUGUGCUGGACGCCGGUGGGACCGUCGCGAACGCGGGGAUCUGGACGACGUGCUCGGCGGCUUUUCGCUGACGCUCGUUGACUCCCUCGACAUGUUGGCCGUGCUGGGCGACCGUGACGAGUUUGCACGGGCUGUGACGCUCGUGUCCCGCAGCGUGACGUUUGAUCGAGACGUGACGGUGUCGGUGUUUGAGUCCACGAUUCGGGUCAUUGGCGGCUUAGUGUCCGCGCACAUGUUGGCGUCGUCGGCGUAUUUCGGAAUGAUGGACGACGACGAGUACCACGGCGAGUUGCUGGGACUGGCUGAAGAGCUUGGACGGCGGCUGUUGCCGGCUUUUGACACGCAAACGGGACUGCCCGUGCACCGUGUGAACUUACAGCACGGGGUGUCGUUGCACGAUCGAGCGGCCGAGAUCACGUGUCCUGCAGCAGCAGGGUCGCUGUUGGUGGAGAUGGCCUACUUAUCGAGGCUCACAGGCGACGAGAGGUUUGAAGCGAGAGCAAAGCGAGCGGUCGUAGCUAUCUGGGAACGUCGAUCGCAUCUCGACUUGCUGGGCAGUGCCAUUGAUGUGCAUUCUGGCCAGUGGAUGCACUCGCACGGUGGCAUUGGUGCGGGGCUGGACUCGUUUUACGAAUACUUGCUCAAGUACUAUCUGAUCAGUGGCGAUGCGCAGUGGAUGGCCAUGUUCAAUGCCAGCUACCACGCGGUGGAAACGCACAUAAACGAUGACAAUGUGUAUGUCGAGGUGGAUAUGCACGGAGGAAAGUACGAAGUGCGUGCUCGUCGUGCGUCAGCACUGCAGGCGUUUUGGCCUGGACUGCAAGUGCUUGCUGGUGAUGUGUCGGGCGCUAUUCGCACCCACGAGCACAUGUUUGUAUUGUGGGACGAGUUUGGAACCAUGCCCGAGCUGAUCGAUUUGGUCCCACGUAGAGUCUCAAAGCCUGGCAACCGAGGCAUUGUGAUCAACUGGGCACGAACGUCUCCCCUUCGACCAGAGUUGAUUGAGAGUACGUACCAUUUGUACCAGGCUACACGGGAUCACAAAUACUUGAAAAUGGGUCGACAAAUGCUGCAAGAUAUUCGUCGUGUGUCCGAGGUCCCCUGUGGCUACGCUGCGGUAGGAGACAUAUACACACUUGACAUUGAAGAUCGCAUGGACAGUUACUUUCUCUCUGAGACGGUGAAGUACCUGUACUUGCUCUUUAGCGAUGACCCCGAUGUGGUUGUACCAGUACCACCACCACGUACGCAAAAGGAAUCGGCAUUACCGGUGAAUAAAAGCUGCGCGGCUGUGGAGAUGGACAAGCGGUAUGUGAUCUCAUUACCAGGUAGUCGUGUAAAACGCACAAGCAAUGUGAGCGCUCUGCCUGACGAGAGCUUGCCCACUAGAAGAAACGAGAAGCCCCUCAAGUCAACCGAUGUAGUAUUCAGCACGGAAGGCCAUGUUCUGAUCUUAAACUCGCUCCUCUUCAGGUCCGCGAAGGAGCAAAGCCCCAUGCCGGUCUUGCCAAUGUGCGAAGAUGGUAAGCUCCAAGGGCGCAAGCGUAAUAUGGAGCUCGCGGCCUAUCGAGCAAUGCUACCGAGACCUCCGGUUGUCCCGGUCGGGUUAGCCGUGCGACUCGGAGACGUGCACUUGAUGACCCUUGUUGCAUCUCCUGCCACAUUUGGCUUGCAGAUCACCAAGCCAACACCGUUUGAGGCUCCGUUGCUGCUUUUUACACCGGAAAUCGGCGAGGCUUGCAAGUCGAUUGAUCCGGACCGUGUGCGUGGUAAGAUUGUGAUGGUGGAUCGUGGUACGUGCACGUUUGCAGCGAAAGCGUUGAGACUGCAAGAUGCUGGAGCUGCUGGUGUGAUUGUGAUCAAUUCGAGUGCUGCCACCAACAAAAAAUCAAGCCGCAGAUAUUCACUGGCUGACGACGCUCUUGGGCUUGGCCGUUAUGUCACAAUACCUAUCGCACUUGUUGCUCAUGAAGAUGUUGUGCAGCUGCAUUGGUAUGUAGUUGUGGAGACGCUGCUUAGUGCCAAUGGCACUCAGUCUGAAGCAGAUGAAGUCAAUAUAGACGGAGCCAGUGUUGAAGGCGACGAAGCUGACGUAGCAGACUAUGCCGCGCUCACGGGCUCGCUGUCACCAUGGCUCUACUGA